CACUUGAUCGUUCCCCACUUGAUCGUUCCCCACUUGAUCAUUCCCUUGAUGCUUACCGGUUUUCAUACAGAUAUAACGACAGUUUUACCCGGCGUCUCGUGUAAAUCGGUCAUAUACCGCUCAUUGUUAAGAAUUUCUUCUCGUUUACAAAUAAAAAAUGGCAGAAGCGAAUAAGUUACCAAGUUCAGAGGGUCUACCUCAUCUCGAAGUGCUAGAUCGAGUGAAAAAUAUUCCGGUAGUCCAUUCGGCGAUUGAGAAGACGGGAUCUACAUAUUCUUACGUUAAAGACUCUCACCAUUUGUUAAAUUGGGCGUUAAAUCAAGCCGAAGCGGGAUUGAGUUACGCUACCGCCACGGCCGUGCCGCUUGCUGCGCCCUUGGCCAAGAAAUUCGAAGGACAUAUCAAUGCCGUCGAUCAGAAGCUGUGCGAAGGAUUGAACUUGGUCGAAGAAAAAGUUCCUAUUGUAAAAGAACCACCUCAGCAGAUCUACGACGCCGCUAAAGCGGUGAUGAGCAGCUCCCUGCAACCCACCAUCGAAAAACUUAACACGGCAAAGGAAUCAGCUACGCAACAGGCAUCUACGCUGAAGGAGACCAGUAUAAUUAAAGCGAACGAGCUUCUAAACACGCAAUACGGCAGCAUGGCAGUACAAGGCGUUGACAACACUAGUGUACUCGUCAAUCGCUUAUUGGAUCAUUAUUUCCCGCCGGUUGAAGGAGAAGAGAAUGCGCCAAAUCCAGUCUCCGCGGACGAAAAUAAAGUACUUCAUGCAGUGCAAACAAUUGGCCAACUGUCAAGCAAAACCGCUAAUCGCGUUUACCAUUCUAUUGCUGCGCAAUUGAAGACAGUAAAGAAGGAGGAUGUGGCGACAUACAUUUCCAGCGCGGUAUCCAUUCUUCAUCUUACGCAAUUUUUGAAUCUUGGGCAGAAACAGGAUGACAAGGAAACCAACAGCCCGACGCAAGAGGAGAAGAAAGACGAAGAGAAACAGGACAAGGAGAAAAAAUAAAUCGAAAGUUAAAAAAUGCUUUAUCCGUUCGUUCAAUACGUUUAUGCGCGUUUAGAUAGCUACUAAUAAUUUAAUUAAUUUGUUACGCACUACAAAAAAAAGUAUUAAAAAACCAUAAAAUACUUAAAUAAAACAUUUAAAUUGAAAAAUAUUUAAAUCAAAGUGCUCAAAAAUAUUUUUAUACUUAUAUAAAAAUUGAAUAUGUUGUAUAUAGAGUUUUUGAGAAAAAGACUUUUUAAUACUUCUUUUAACGAAAGCAUUCUAUUAAAAAUGUGAAAUAGGUCAAAAAAAAAAGUUUUUAAUUUGUGAAAUGUUUAGAAAUUUGUAAUUUGUUGAUCUUUUAGAUGCAUUUCUAUACACAUUUAUAUCUGUAUCAAUGCUAUCCAGAAUUUGUAGUUUUAAAAAGUAUCGAUGUUCAUGCCAUAAUUUUAUCGUUCUUAUUUUUCAUUUCAUAGCUGCUUUUAAAUUUAAAGCUGUCUUAGAGAUAAGAUCAAUCUGUGAUUGUUAACAAUUUUUUUGGUAUGUCAUUCAUAAUCUCUCAAUCUAAAAAGCUAUUAAUAAAUCAGAUAAUAUUAUAUCAGAUAAUACUAUAAACGAUACACGUCACAAUUUUUUAAUGCUUUCGGAUUAGUCUUGCUCCUAAAAACAAGUGUAUUAUAAAAAAACAGCUAUGAAAUGAGGAGUAGGAACAAUAAUAAACGCAUUUACAUUUCAAUUUUAAGUUUAAAACUACAAAUUCUAAACAGCAUUAUUUUAUAUUUAUAAAUCACAACAUAUGUUUAUAUUUAUAUGUAAAUUAUACUUUGUGGCCGAUAACAAGUUAAAUAAUUUUAAUAAGAUUUUCAUUAUAUAUAUGACAAAUUUAUUUAGAUAAAAAAUAUGAAAAUUUUAUUAACUUCUAGAAAGAAACAAAAUUUAUCUCCACCGAUGCAUCAUCAUUGUUAGAAUCUUACCACCUUAUGCAUAAUCUUUAAAUUUAUUUUAAACAUUAUAAAGCAUAUCAUAUUGAAGAACUGUUGUGAGCAAUAAAUAUGCAAAUAUAUACAUAUACACAUAUAUAUAUUUUAUAAAGUAUUAUAUAGAUACAUACUGAAAUAUAGUUUUGGAGAAAAUA